AUGUCCAAGCAGGAUGAUCUGGCCUAUGGUGGCUACUACCAGGGCUCGGAACGUGGGUCCGGAGAUGGUUCCCGCGGUCUAGGAGAUACAUUCAAGAAGCUCCGCGACACCUACAAGAGCCAUGGAUCCUCACAUGGCCAGGCUAACCAGACGUAUAACCCAAGUGGUUAUCAAGGCCAGAGUUACCCAACCCAGACCGAACCUCAAUACCAGCAGAGCCAGAGCACAGGACAGCACCAAAACCCUAACUAUCAGGGGAAACCUCCAAAGGAAGACAAACUGUCCGGUUUAUUGGGGAAACUUCAAGGUACUGUGACCGAGUUUGGUUCUGAAUUUGCGCAGAAACUCGGUACCACCAUCGAUCCACAGGCGUAUGCCGAGUAUGGUCCCAGCAAACCCAACACAGAGCAUCGAUUUGGUAGCUUUGCUCCUCCCCGGGAACAUAACGAUGCCAAGUGGUAUGUGGAUGGAUGCAGCUAUUUCUGGGCAGUGUCGCGGGCUCUGGAAAACGCCCGGGAGUCCAUUUGGAUUCUAGACUGGUGGUUAUCUCCCGAACUUUAUUUGAGAAGGCCGCCGGCGAAGAAUGAACAGUACCGAUUGGAUCGCAUGCUGCAAGCUGCAGCCCAGCGGGGCGUGCGCGUCAAUGUCAUCGUUUAUAAGGAGGUUACGCAGGCGCUCACUCUGUCUUCAUCUCACACAAAACAUGCCCUAGAAGAUUUGCACCCCAAUAUCGCCGUCUUCCGUCACCCUGACCACCUGCCUGACCGCCAAGAGCUGGCAGCUUCCAUCACAUCGUCCUUCCAGAACAUGUCACUUGACUCGGCAAGUUUGAGUAAGAUGUCAAAGGACACGCUGAAGGGGCUAUACGGAAUGAACGAUGAUGUCAUUUUGUAUUGGGCUCAUCACGAGAAGCUUUGCUUGAUCGAUGGUCGGGUUGCAUUUAUGGGUGGUUUGGACAUGUGCUUCGGCCGCUGGGACACAAACCAACAUGAGAUUUCGGAUCUACAUGCCUCGGAUGUCAGCCAAACUCUGUUCCCUGGCCAGGACUACAACAAUUCUCGCGUCCUUGAUUUCCAAGAUGUCGUUCACUGGGAGAAUAACCAGCUGGACAGAAAGACUAUGUCUCGGAUGGGAUGGUCUGAUAUAUCUGUGAGCCUGCACGGUGCAGCCGUGGAAGACUUGCGGCGUCACUUUGUGGAGCGAUGGAACUUCAUCUAUGAUUCGAAAUACAAGGUCCGCAGUGACUCUAGAUACGCGAGACUGGCCCUCCAUGGAAGGCCCAUUUCCUUGACUGGGCACCAACAGGCUGGUUCUCCACAGCCCAACUUGUACCCCUCAGGGCAGGCAAGCCCACAGGGUCAGGCACCUACGCCAUCCUGGCAGCAGAAGCCUAGUGGAGUCACGUCGCCUACCUACCCGCCGCCACCAGGUCAGACGUCGAGUUCGCAUCAAGAGUCGCAGUCGCAGUCGCAGUCGCAGUCGCAGUCUCAGCCUCAGCAUCAACAAUCUGCCGGUACUAGCGCUUCAACCUAUCCCCCACCGCCAAGCCAGAGCCCUCUAGGUCAUCAGUCUCAAUCCACUCAUUCCCCGAGUCAUGAUACAAGCCAGUAUAGCUACACUGGGAAUUCGUUCCCUCCUCCUCCGCCUGGACCCCCACCAGCGCAAUCCACUACCAGCACCUCGUAUCAACCGUAUCAACCGGGCCAGCAACAGGAGCAGAAGCCCUAUUUCCCACCCCCACCAGGUCAGGAAGCAUCCCACUCCAACACCCGUGGAAUUGAUGACUACCAGCACGAAGGUGAUCGCGAACGAGGUUCUUUGGUGCCCCGUCGCUUCCGAGAGGACAUAAACCAAUAUGGUAAUUCCCUUCGUGGUCAGCUCGCCGGACAGAUCCACCAAUACCAGGAUCGGCUAACCACAUACGGCCGCCCUACUUCCUCGCAAGGCCGAGGGAAUAUGUCAUGCCAGAUUGUGCGCAGCUGUGCGAAAUGGAGCAACGGCAGCCAGCUAGAGCAUUCAAUUGCCGACGCAUAUUGCGCCAUCAUUCGAAACAGUGAGCACUUUGUCUACAUCGAAAACCAGUUCUUUAUCACUGCGACCGGUGAUUCGCAGCGUCCAGUGAAAAACCAGAUUGGGGCCACAAUUGUGGAGAGGAUUUUACGUGCUGCCCGUGCCGGUCAGAAAUAUAAGAUCAUCGUGGUCAUUCCAUCCGUUCCCUGCUUUGCCGGUGAUUUGCGAGAUGAUGAGACUCUGGGAACACGCGCGAUUAUGGAGUUCCAGUACAACUCCAUCAACCGCGGAGGUCACAGUAUCAUGGAGAUGAUUGCCAAGGAAGGAUUUAACCCCAUGGAAUAUAUCCGUUUCUACAACCUUCGCAACUACGAUCGGAUUAACAACGGCAGUAUGAUGGCUGCAGCUGAGCAGCAGAGUGGUGUGAACUACGAGGAUGCCCGCAGACAGUAUGAUCUCAACACAGCAGGCCCUGGUGGAUACGCCCCGAGCACUACUCGUAGUGCUUUCGAUACUACUGCACCGUUCCAGAAGUAUCAGCAGGCCGCACACCAGGUACAAGGCGGCCAUGCUUCCUCGAGCCGGUGGGACAGUGUGAGCGAGUGCUAUAUGCUCGGCGGAGAGGAUAUUCGCAAAGUGCCGUGGGAUGGCCAUCCCGAUGCCGAAAUUGAUGCGUUUGUGAGCGAAGAGCUUUAUGUUCACUCAAAGGUGAUGAUCGCCGACGAUCGUGUAGUUGUUUGUGGAUCCGCAAACCUGAACGACCGUUCCCAAUUGGGUGACCAUGACUCUGAGAUCGCGGUCAUUAUCGAAGACUUCACGCCUGUGGCAUCCACCAUGAAUGGUAAGCCAUGGACUGCCAGUCGCUUCGCUUCGUCUCUCCGUCGCCAGUUGUUCCGGAAGCACCUGGGUCUUUUGCCACCGCAAGACUAUCAACGGCCGGAUGCGAACUUUGAGCCCGUGGGGGUUCCCAACCAGUUUGACUUUGACUGCCCUGAGAGCAAAGUCGUCGCUGAUCCGCUUUCCGACACUGUGCAGAGUCUUUGGAACUCGCGGGCGCACACCAACACCGAGGUCUUCAGGAAGGUCUUCCACGCGGUUCCGGACGACUCAGUCCGCAACUGGGCUGAAUACAAAGAGUUCUAUGAGUACUAUUUCCACACGACUGAGAAGGGCGCUGAGGGUAUGGGAGGAUCUGUACGUCCAGCGCGAUUCCAAUGGGGCCAUGUUGUGCGCGAUGACUUUGCGCCUGGUGCAGAGGGGGCCAAGCAGGUCAAAGAACUGCUUAGCCAAGUGAAGGGUACUCUGGUUGAGAUGCCUUUGAUGUUUUUGAUCGAGGAAGAUAUCGCCAAGGAAGGAUUGACUCUGAAUGACUUGACCGAGCCAAUCUAUACCUAA